ACAAUUGUGAGGUCAGAGUUCAAUGUGGGGGUUUCAAUUUUCCAAACUCCUGUCGCCAUGUGGCCAUGGUUUACACGCGUUAUUCUUUAUCGUUGUAGAAUUUUUUAGUGUUUGUGGAUCUUCUGGUUGUCUGUUUGAAACAAAUAAAUAAAAAAUGGACGCGAGUUCAUCAAAGCACGAACUGACGCAGCUGAUCUACCAACACCUGAAGGAGCAUGGCUUCAGUUCAGCAGCAGAUGAGCUUCGGAGGCACAGCCCACAGGAGGGCACAGAAACGUCUGUGUCCUUACUGGAUAUCUACAAAGCAUGGCGUAGAAACUCCAAAAGGAAGCAAAACUCAGUUAAAGGCUCCACUUCAGGGAAGAAAAAAGAAGCUCCAGCUGCAGACAAAUCCACGUCACCAAGAAAGACGACUGGCAGUCCAGCAAAAAAGACUGUUAAAGCAAAACAGAAGAAAAAUGAAGGAAAAGCUUCCAAAGAUGGCAGCAUCUCAAAGAAAUCAAAGUCUGGCUCAGCGGUUCAGGGUUCAGACUCUGACAGCAGUCUGGAUGUAGAGAAGUGGAAAAAGAUGGUCCUGCAGAUGACAGAGGCCGAUUUGGCCAAGAUGGAGCUCAUCGACGCUCUGGACUCCUCCAAACCCAAGAAAAAGAGAAUCAGAAAGCCCAGAGCAAAGCCUGUGGCAAAAACCCACACUCCCAGUGAGCAGAAUCCUGAUCUGGACACAAAGGAAGAAACCACCACACCAGUGAAAAAAAGCACACCAAGGAGGAGAAAAUCUGCAGUUCUGUCCUCCUCUGAAACACUGAACAGCCAUGCUGUGGAGGACACAACUGUUGCUCUCUCACCAUCCAAACAAGCUGAAGACGAAGUGAACAGGCCAGCAGAAACAGCAGCAGAGCCCAGGAAAAAGAAAAGAGAACGAUCGAGUGAAAGCAAGUUAAAAAAGAAAACCCAUGAGAUGGAUGGAGAAGAACAGAAGAGCGAUGGAAAGGAGAGUGUAGCCACAGAAGAAAAGAAGGACCAUAAAUCUGUGGAGGAGAAUAAAGAAGUUCAAGUAACAAACAUAGAAUCUGAAGAUGAUCUCAUGGGAAAUAAAGGAGCCAAAGAAAAUGUUUUAGAGUCUAUUUUGAAAGAAAAGAAAGACAAAAAGAGGAAAAAAGGAAGAAAUGAUGAGGAAGAACCAUUAGCUCAUGGAGAGGAAGAAAAAAUUGUUAAAAAGAAGAAAAAGAAGAAGAGAGUUGAAAAUGAGGGAGAUUCGGAACACCCCACUGAGAAAACAAAAGAAAGUGCUGAGAAGGGCUUAGAAAAUGAAAACAUAGUAGACGAAAAGUCUGAGAGUGUUGAAAACAAGAAUGUAAAGAAGAAAAAGAAAUUAGUCGACGCAGAGAUCAGUUCUGAUCAUCCGAAUUUAGAAAACACAGAAAAAAAUGAUCAAAGCCAAAAAGUAAAGAAGAAAAAGAAAAGAUUAAUCAAUACUGAGAUCAGUUCAGAUGAUCCAGUUACUGAAAAUGUGGAGCAAAAUCUUGAAGAACAUGCUGGAAAUUUGGAAGUGAAGAAGAAGAAGAAAAAAAACAAGACUGUUGAAAAAGAGGAAAAUCCAGAACAUGUGGCUGAAGAAAAGAAGACAAAGAAGAAAAAACGAGAAGCUCAGGUUCAUGAGAACUCUGAGAUUUCUGAGGAAACGAUCAAGAAACCAAAAAAGGUUAAAAAACACACCGAGACGUCUGAGCAAGCAAAUGAAGACGACCAAACAACAAAUGAGACCAAAGGGAGAGCUAAGACCUCAGAAGAAACAGAACCAUCUGCUCCCAGCCUGGAGACGAGUGCUCAGAAAAAGAAGAAAAAGAAAAACAAAGAGAAAGCAGAGGACGUCCAAGAUGCUUCAACAACAGAAGCUACGCCAAUAUCCGUCAGCAGCCACAAAAAGAAAAGAAAAUUAUGGAGCGGUGAAGAUGAGGUCCCUAUCACUGAGCAACCAUGAUGCCAUUCAGUUUCUGUCCUUUUUUAACCAAGUUUUGAUCCUGUAAAUACAAUUGAACACUUUUAUUUUAAAAUCUUCUGUUUUUUUGCAUGUUUUAAAUUGUACAUUUUUUGUCAGAUGCUUUUUAUGGUACUUGUGAUUUUAGUGGAUGGACAGCAUGAACAUCUGCUGGUAUUUAUGAGGUUAUUUUCCCUCUUGCUUCAGUCUGAUGCUCAGACUGGAGUCUUUACCACUGAAACAGCUCUUUGUAAAGGUUUUUAGAGUUAUUAAAUGAAUGUUUUUGUCUGCUUUCCAUGAAAAUCUAAAUGUUUUUUACAUUUACAGAAAUGAAAAUAGAUUUUUUUAAAGAUUUUCUAUUUUUAAUACAUUUUUAGCAACACUUUGAUGGAAUAUAUUGCUUUGUUUAUCAACAAGUAUUGCCCCUCUUCUUUUUCAAACCUGCAUUCUAUGAAACCUGUGAUUGUAUUACUUUAGCAGGGUGCUUCCAUAUAAGGAAGUUUAAUAGAUCAUUUUCCAAGAGAACAACCCAAAAUAAUAAAUAAAAUGUCAUUGAAAAGAU